CUGGUGCUUCCAGCCACACAUAUUUACAGAAGUUCAAAGUUCUUCUUUUGUUCCACAGCUAAACCGUGGGCCUUGUGUCUUUUCCAUUUGAUCAUCACUGAAGGCCUCUCGGACUUGUCGAGGCCACAAGAGUUAAACUACACAAUAAGAGACUCCACGGAUGGACGGUUUUGGUUAUCGUUGAGCGAGAGGAAAUUUUGAAACGUUGUGCAAUGGUGCUGCAAAAAUUUUGAAAGGUUGUGAGACGCAUUCGGUUUGCAAAGCUGUUUGGAAAAGAAGCCUCCAUGUUGCAUCCCUACAGAAUGGAGACCUACCUCAUUCCACCUCCCUCGGAGGAAAUCUACGACCCUGAGAUGUACAUACAAAUACCAGAUUAUUAUAAUUCAUAUGUUCUGGAUGCAGAGAUGCAGCCAGAUCAUUGGGACUAUCGCACUCACCCUCAUGGACACCCAGUCGAGUUCGACAACCUCCAGGAAACAAACUUCACCGAGUUGCAGAGUGUGCAGUCGCUGCACCCGCCCAGCCUGAUCCGACAUGACACCAUGCGCUACGACGCAGAGAGUCUGCUGGAGCCAAAUCUGGGGGCACAUUCUCACAUGUUGCAGCAGCAUGUUUUCCCACGGACUCUGUAUUCAACACAUAUGUCCCAGCGCAGCACUGAUGAUGACGAGCAUGGAGGUCAAAGUCCCCCCUUGGAGGUCUCUGAUGAGGAGUGUCUCAGAGAUCAAAUCCCUUAUGUUUCACACGGAGAGAUGGGCAACAAAAAAAAGAUCCGUUUGUACCAGUUCCUGUUGGACCUUUUAAGGAUCGGCGACAUGAAGGAAAGCAUCUGGUGGGUGGACAGAGACAAGGGAACCUUCCAGUUUUCGUCCAAACACAAGGAGGCUCUCGCACACCGCUGGGGAAUCCAGAAGGGGAAUCGCAAAAAAAUGACCUAUCAGAAAAUGGCGAGGGCUUUGCGCAACUACGGCAAAACCGGAGAGGUGAAAAAGAUCAAGAAGAAACUGACAUACCAGUUCAGUGAUGAGGUGCUUGGGAAGAGUCAUUUUGAAAGAAAGUCAUACAUGUAGACACAAGACUGGAUCGUGCACACGAGGUGACUUUUGGGUUCUGGUAUCAGUGGUCACUUAAAGUUACCAUUGUUUGUAAAUAGCAUUAAAAAACGUCAGUGAAAGUGAACAAA